GCAAUUUUUUUGUAUUUAUUUAUUGCAAUGUUAUGCAAUUGUUAACAAAAUCCUACUUUCCCUCAUUUUUACUUCAAUUUUAUUUUUUCCACGGUUUACUUAUAAUUUUACAAUUUCUGUAUCUUAAUUAUUUUUUACAAAUUUAUUUUGUAACGCACCUCAACCAUAUUGCCGACCAUGUGAGGAGCAUCCAAAAGGAAGUUACUUUGUUGUACAGCUGCUGUGCUACAGCCGUAUCUGAAAUCAACUCACGAAAGGAAGCGUGAAUAGUUGCUGCUGUCAUCCUGUGUUGUCGAUACCAAGGCCGAACUCGAGAUUAAGUCAUAGAAUUCCUGGCGAAUUAUCGUUCUAUAGACCUGCAGCAGGAAAGGCAGGAGAGUCACGAUAGCCACGGGUGGAGUUGAUGGCAAUUGCAUGAACCGAUUCGCGGUCUAUCUACCGUCAGAAAAAAAGGUCUCGAUCGACACGAGAAGGGGAGAUACCGAAAUCCUAGGUACCCGAUGAAGUAUUGGACUGUCGUCAACCGGGGGAGUCUCCUUCACUCCAUAAGUUUGGUCUACGGGGAGGAUUGUCCAGAAAGGAGUCUCAUCAAGAAGCCAGAGCCCAGCCAGAAAAAUUAUAAGUGUCGCUCCUCCAUGUAAGAUGCCUGUUACAUCUGUAAAGCUAGGUAUCAUCUUUGGUUUUGCUGUUGCUGCUUUAUCGGUUGGCCUUGCAUUGGGAAUUUUGUGGCCUAAUUUAUUCACUAGUAUCCUAUUUCGUAAAUUAAUACUUUCACCAACGUCUAUGUCUUUUGGAAUUUGGAAAGAAACUCCUAUACCUAUGUAUUUGGAGAUAUAUUUGUUUAAUUGGACAAAUGCUGACAACUUCAGUUCCACUGCUACUACAAAACCCAAUUUUGUUGAAUUGGGUCCUUACGUAUUUAAAGAAGUUGAUUAUAAAGUAAAUGAAGUAUGGCAUGAUAAUGGUACUGUGACUUUUCAACAAAAACGAAUUUGGCAUUUUGAGGAAUCCAUGUCAAAAGGCAGCUUGUUGGAUAAAGUUACCAAUUUAAAUGUCAUAGCAACCACUAUUGCAUAUUCCAUCAGGCAUCGUUCACCCUUGGUACGACAAUUUGUGAAUACAUUAAUAAGAACUACAGGCGAAACCAGAAUUACUACAAAGACUGCGGGUGAACUUCUGUUUGAUGGAUACAAAGAUCCUUUACUAGAAAUGGGAUUAGCAUUAAAUUACUCAGGAAUUCCAUAUGAUAAAUUUGGCUGGUUCUAUGACCGCAAUAAUUCAGAAACAUAUGAUGGUACAUUUAAUAUGUUCACUGGAGCCACAGAUGUACACAAAAUGGGUGUAAUUGAAAAAUGGAAUUAUAGUAAUACAACAGAAUUCUCUGGGUAUUGUGGCAUUUUAAAUGGUACAAACGGUGACUUAUGGCCGCCACUGCCUGACAACAAGACAGUCUCAAUAUUUUCAUCUGAUCUAUGCACAUCGUUAUCAUUGACAAUGGAGAACACAACGGUAUACCAAGGCCUGGUUGGAAACAAAUAUAUUUCCGAUAACAACAUAUUCGACAAUGGAACCAACGUUCCAUCCAGAAAAUGUUUUUGCGAGGGAGUAGAAUGUCAACCUAGUGGAGUCUUGAACGUUUCUGAAUGCAGAUUUGGAGCACCAGCAUUUAUUAGUUUACCACAUUUUUACCUGGCUGACGAGAGCUACAGAGAUUCCAUUACGGGAAUGAAUCCAGAUAAAGAAAAGCAUGAAUUCUCAAUUACUCUCGAACCAACAACAGGGGUACCGCUACAGAUCAGGGCCAUGUUACAAAUCAAUGUCUUGGUACAGCCAGACAAUGCUAUGUCACUCUUCAGAAAUAUACCAAAAACGUAUGUUCCCAUGAUGUGGUUUAAACAAGAGGCUGAUCUGUCUAGUAAUUACGCAAGCCAAAUCACGUUUCUUCUAAUACUUCCAACGCUAGGUUAUGUUACAUUUUACGGUAUUGCUGCAAUUGGUGUACUUCUCUUCUUCAUCGGCAUUGCCUUACUUAUCCGAGGAAGAUGGGGCAAUAAUGAUGGGCAACAGAGACUAAUAACGAAGGAGGUGAACAAUGAUGUACCAAUAAUCGAUGGAUGAUUUUUAAUUAACUUCAUUUAAUGAUACUGUCAUAUCAAAAAGCAAUCAUAACCAUGCUAACAGAAACGUAGGUGUUUCGGUUGAUAUAUGAACAAAAAUUGUAGCACCAGUGAUCUUUGCUUUUAUUUAGCGAUAACUUAAAAACGGGACUGCGCACGACAAUGGACUGUAUAAAUAUUAACUAGUGGCAGACAGCCAACCUUAACCCGUUUACGCCCAAACUGGCAUGAAAGUUUUUCAUUUUCCAACAGUUAAGGUCGUAUUCCACCCGAUCCAGAGUUUGAUCGCCCUCCGAUAACGGAAUCUGGUUCAGAUUCAUGAUUAUUUGAAAAAAAAAAAUGAAAUUUUUUGCUUUUUUCAGAUUUAAACUGCCGUAUUUUAAAAAUGGCGGCAAAUAUCGUCAAUCUGAGGUCAGAUUCAGAAAGAGCAGACAAAAAUACAUAAAGACAUGUAGUUUCAUCAAGAUUGAAUAACUUUUACCUUAAAAGUAUAACUGUUGAAAAAUGAAAAACUUUCAUGCCAGUUUGAGCGUAAACGGGUUAAGUGAGAUACAAAGUGCCUAACACUUACUCUGGAUUCUACUUUAAGAAAAGAAUAUAAAAAUUAUGAUUAUAAAGAUGAGGUAUGUUCAUACACACAAUGGGCACACAUUGCGUGUAUUAUAAUAAACAAAUUUGUAUAUUCACGUUAGACGAAAAGGAAGAAUAGUUACUGCUGCACUCGUUUGUUCUACACUUAUGUGAUUUGAUUAUUAAAUGAUCAGAUAGAAUUAAAUUUUACCUACGAACGUUCCUUUUUCAUCUUGACGGACCAUUCAAGUUUCUAUUGCUAUAUAAAAAAUUUUACUAAUUGUUAUUAACAUGGCUAGCCAGAAGUUCCAACCAAUAUUGUUACAAAAACUGUUGUAUAAUUUUAUUGGUUAAUCUUUUCUGGGUAGCCCUGUAUGUUGUAUAUUCAGUAUAAAUAUUGUAUGUACAUGUGUUACGCUUUUAUUUACGGGACUGAGGUAUAAUAAUAAGCCAAGUAAUGGUAGUGGGAUUUUCGUUGUUGGAGGAUUUGAAAUGGUCAUUACCCUGUGGAAGUCGUCCACGACAUUGCUAGCUAUGAUGUAUUUAAAAUUUCCCGAUAUAUUUAGAUUAGUAUAGAACAAAAUUGCUCACAUCACUUGUAACUUAUUGUCGUACUGUUAAUCGUUAAAUGGUAUCGAAUUAUCAAAAUCUGUGAUAAAUGGUUAACUAAAGAACGAAUAUGUUACGUCAGCGUAUCAUUGAGCUUCGGUAUGAGGUAAUAUAAAAAAUGGCUCAUUCUAAAAUAAUAUAAUAUUUCUUAGCGUUCCAUUUUCUACGAGACAACGUAAUACAUAUGUAAACAGUACGUGAUAUAUAUACAUAUCUUGCCUUAAAAGACGUUUAAUGGCGAAACACUGUAUUAGCAAAGGAAACACAAUAUUGACUAACAAGGAAAUUGUUUCCGGUAUCUCAUGUCUCUGAUUUUGCUUAUUUUGAGAUAUGUUAUUAUUCAUCGACCAGUUUUAAGGAUUGAAAUCUACUCCCAAAGUUGGGCCGUUCCAGCAAUAGUCCCAGCUGAGAUAAAUAAAUGAAACCAUUAGAGAUCAAUGCACACGACAAAUAAUGAAAAAUGCAUUUUAUUUCGAUUAUGAUGGGGUAAAAUUAUACAGAUUUACAGGGGUUAAAAGUUGAAACAUUUUUAUAAAAAAUAAAACUAUCGACCUUCAAACUCUUGGAACUCUUGGAAUUGAAAUGGCACAAGACUUUACGAGCGUACAAAUAUAGCCGCCAGACGGGGGUCAGAAAAGGGUAGUUUUUGUCAAAAAUGCAAUCAAACGUUGUAAUUGUGAAUAAGCUCCUUAACGAACGCAUAAAAAGAAUGUUAAAAGAAUUAGAAAUGCAAAUUUGGUUGCACAUGAAUAGGGGUGGUUCACUAUUUAAACGUUCUUUUUCCAUGAAGCGCAAAGACAUGCAUUUCCUACCUUUUUAGCUUUUUCAAAUGAAAUUGGUUUCGUUGAAAUACAAUGAAUAGUUUUUUGUUAUAAUCAUUUUACAACUUUCAAACCCAAUAAAUCUGUAUAAUUCCACACUCUAAAAAUCGAAGAAAAUACAUUUUUCAUUAUUCGCCAUGAGUUUUAUCUUCCAAUUAGUUUCAUUUAGAUAUCUCAAAUAAAAAUAUGCGAAACUGCAAAAUUAUCACUGGAGGUGCACAAAUUUGGAGGUUGAUUUGACCCCCUUAACACCCGUUUUUCCGCCGAUAAAAAAAUACGUGUCACUUCAAUUUCGAUGAAGAAUAACAUAUCUCAAAAUAAACAAAGUCAAAGGGGGACAUCGGAAACGGUUUCCUUGUAAGUACUUAUUCUUAAAAAAAAGUUUAAUACAAAAAAAAAUAAAAAAACGUGAAUCAUAGAAUCGA